AUGUCGAAUGUUUCAUGGAUGUUUGAAAAGAAAGGUACAAUCCAAUUUAAUCCAGGUAGUACACAAGAUAACCUUGACAUGAUGAUGGACAAAGCAAUCGAAAUAUUUGGAGUUGAAGAUAUACAAGAAUUGGAAGAGAAUGUAUUGGAGAUUACAUGUCCUAAUUCAUCAGUUAAUACAAUAUCUCAAGAAUUGAUAACGAAAUAUAAUUACGAGGUUACCAGUAUGAGCAGCGGAUACAUUCCUACAUCGACAGUCAAAGUUGAUAAUGAUGACAAAGAAUUAAUAGAUAAACUUAACAAGUUUAUCAAGUCGCUUAAUGAUCACGAGGAUGUUGUUGGGUUUCAUAAUAACGCCGAAUAA